AUGAAGAACCAGAAGUAUGAGAAGAAGCAGGAAAGGGAUCGCACAAAGCUUUUGAGUUCAAACAAAGGCAUGAUCUUAAAGUUGGCUAAACUGGCAUUCGAACAGCUGAAGGAGGAAAACGUCAUGUUCUACGAGACGGAUCUGAAAGCGUGCGGCAUCGAUGAAAGCGAGGAGUCCACAGGACUGUGCACUGAAAUCUUCAAGGAGGACUCUGUCCUGCAUGAGAGGAAGGUUUAUUACUUCAUACAUUUGAGCGUGCAGGAGUUUCUUGCCGCGUUGCAUGUGUUUCUUUGCUACUUGAAGCUGGACAUGGACGAGCUGAAAUUCUUCUUGGAGAAUUCGCGUCCUAAUAAGAAAGAACUGCUGUACGUUCUGCUGAGGAAGGCGAUCGAUAAGGCGAAGGAGAGCGACCGAGGGCAUUUUGAUCUCUUUUUGCGGUUCUUGCUGGGCAUUUCUCUCCAGUCCAAUCAGAAACUCCUCAUCGGCUUGCUGAACGAGACGCUGGAAAACAAAAACUGCAUCAAUAAAACCAUCCAGUACAUCAAGCAACUGCAAAACAAUGACAAGUGCCCAGAUAAAUCUAUCAACCACUUCUUCUGCAUCCUGGAGCUGCAGGACAGAACCCUGUACAAACAAAUCAUGAAAUAUCUGAAGUCAGAGAGCGGCCAGCCGAAAGCGGUGUCCAACUCCAACUGCUCAGUGCUGGUUUAUGUGCUUCUGAUGUCAGGCGAGGUGCUGGAUGACUUCGACCCCAAGAUGUUCAACAACACAUAUGCGGGAUGCAGGAGACUCGUCCCAGCCGUGAGAUGCUGCAGAAAAGCCCUGUUUUCAGACUGUGGACUGACAGAGCAGUGCUGUGAAACGGUGGCUUCGGCUCUUCAGCUAGAGGACUGUCCUAUGAGCGAACUGGACCUGAGUCACAAUUACAGCAUCGAGGCGGGAGUGAAGGCACUUUCUGCUGGACUGAAGAGCCCACACUGUCAUCUGGAGACACUCAGGUUGGCCCGGUGUCAUUUCGGCCAGGAAAGCUGUAUGGAGCUGCUCUCCGCUCUCAAGAAUAUCUCAAAUUGUCUAAGAGAGCUCGACCUCAGCGGCAAUGACCUGCAGGACUCUGGACUCCAUAAGCUCCUAGAUGGGAUGGAAAACACAGAGAGAAAACUUGAGGUUCUGAGGUUGAGCUGGUGUAACCUCACUGCGAAGAGUUGUGAGCACCUCUCCUUGAUCCUCAGCUCAGAUUCGCCCCUGAGAGAGCUGGAUCUGAGUAACAAUGACCUGCAGGAUUCAGGAGUGAAGCUGCUCUCUGAUGGACUGAAGAGGCCAAACUGUCAGCUGCAGAUACUGAGGUUGUCUGGCUGUAUGGUGACAGAAGAAGGCUGUGGUUAUUUGUCUUCAGCUCUGAGUUCAAACCCCUCACACCUGAGAGAGCUGGAUCUGAGCUACAAUCACCCAGGACCAUCAGGAGUCCAGCUGCUCAAACACAAACUGCAGGAUCCAAACUAUAAACUGCAGAUACUCAAAUCCAUUAAAAUCCAACAAGUGCUGUCUAGAGAGAGUCUGUCUGGCCGCUGUUACUGGGAGGCCGAAUGGACUGGUCCGGAGGGGACGGUCGGGGUGACGUACAAAACCAUCCUGAGGAAAAGUGAUGAUCUUUGUAUAGUAGAGGCCACCGGGCAGCUUGGAAACAAUAGUGUGUCAUGGAAAAUUACCUGUGCAUCUUUCCCAUAUGUUUCUCACGCUGAAGACUACAUUGCUAUAAAGGCUUCAUCCUCUUGUUCAUCUAAAAGAGUGGGUGUGUAUGUGGACACGACGGCUGGUGUUCUGUCCUUCUACCGCGUCUCUGACACACUCACACACUUGUACACCUUCCUCGCGGCUUUUGAAGAUCCUCUCUAUGCGGCCUUCAAGGUGGACGGGGACUCUGUGUCCUUUUGUCAGAUUUAACCUGAAAGCCUCUUUAUCUUACCAUUUAUGUGCACAUUUAUUGCCAUCUUGUUUUACUCUGUGUGACUGAG